GUGUGAUAGAGCAGACAAUAAAAGGCUGGGUGCUGUACAGUGGCCCGCCCGUGUCGCUGAAAGCAGGGCGCUCCCGCAUCUGAAGCCGAUAGAGGACAUACAUACACCUGAACCUUAAAAGUGAUCAGGGGACACCUUCACGGCAUAAUGGGCACGUCUUCCUCCAGUCUCCUGGAUGAAAACAGAUCCAACUACAUCAGAGGCCAGACAGAGGCCAAGCUGAAGAACUUCAGCCCUCACUACAGGCGUCAGUACCUGGUGACCUUCUUCUCCCAGGUGCAGGAUGAGGUGGAGCAGCACAAGACGGGCCAGCCGCAGCUCCUGAAGCAGCGGGAAGCCCCAAAGGAAUCUGAGGUCAUCUAUAAGGAGACCGUGCUGCACUUUGAUGACACCAGGAAGUGGAAGGAGAGGCUUGUGGUGGUGCGAGCCGACUACAGCCUCGAGUGCCACGACAGUAAUGAGACCUUCACAAAAGGUGCUCCCCCGCGAUACAAACUCCAGCCAACAGGAGGCACUGUUCUGACAUCGGAAGAGAAAUAUAUGGCCGUGGUGGACAAGGCCUUCCCUGACCCCAACAGCACCAAGGAGGAACCAGCUGCUCCCCUGGUGGCUGUGCCCGGCCCGUUCCCCGUCUACCUGCAGCUGCCUUACUGCAAACACGCCUAUUUCUGCUUCGACCAGGAGGACCGCCGGGCGCCCUUUGUGUCCGUGCUCAACGACUGCAUCCGACACCAGAACCACGACUUCCUGAAGAAGACAACGUGUGAAGUCCAGGCCUUUGUGAAAGCAGUCCAACUGCACAGACAGGAGAAGGGUCACUAUGAAUCAUGGAAUAUGCUGAUUGGCAGCGAUGUGCAGGUGCUGGCCAACCUGGUGAUGGAGGAGCUGGUGCCCGCGCUGCAGAGUGAGAUAGUGCCUCGGCUGAAGGGAAAGAAGAUGGAGAGGAAGAGAGUGUGGUUUGCGACAGUGGAAGCGGCCUACCUUCUGGUCCAGGAGCAGCUGUCAGAGGGUCUGGCCUCCCUGAAGGAGGAGUGCUCCUCUGAUGCCAAAAAACAGGAGGCCCAAAUUCGUGAGAAUAUGGACCAGAUUGUCAACUCCAAAAACUUCCUGGCUGGCAAGCUGGAAGCCACGGUGUCGGAAGCGGUGCGGAAGUUCAGCGCCGAGAGCGUGCAGCCGUACCUAGCAUCCAUCCUGGAGGAGCUGAUGGGUCCUAUCAGCCUUGGCUUUCAGGAGGCACGUCUGCAGUGUGAGAGGGCAAUGGACCAGCUCUGCCAGGAAGUUCAGGAGAAGGGGGCUCCUGCAGACCUAAAAGCGGCCCUGGAUAAACUGGGGAGGGAAGGACUGCAGGACUGUCACCAGCACUUGGAUGUCCUCACAGUGCAACUCCAGGAACUCCGUAACCGCUUUAAGUUCUCCAAUGUCACACGCCUGGUGCACUGUGCCCUGAUUGACAUACAACAGCUGAUGGAAAAUGCAGCGUACACCUUCGAGAUCCUGCUGAGAGCUGCUCUUAAGGGCAACCCGGCCAAUCCUGCCUUGGAUAUAGAGAAAGUCAAACACAGGGUUCUGAAGCAAUACGACUAUGACAGUAGUACAGUGAGGAAGAGGAUCUUCCAGGAGGCCCUGGUGGACGUCACCCUGCCUGCCAUCCAGAGGAAUUUGGCCCCUACUUACAAACUGGAGCUGCAAAAGUUUGAUCAGUACAUCUUUGCCGACUGUACAAAUUUCAUACAAGUGGAAAAUGUCUAUGAGGACAUUCUCCUGCAAAUUCUUGAGGGUGAAAUAAGCAAAGUGGUGAAGGAGGCAGCUAAAAUGAAGAAGCACAACCUGUUUGUGGACAGCACUGACCACCCCUUCGUCAGUCAGGGUAGCCUGAGUGACAGUCGCACUCCUCCCACGUCGUCCCCCGCCAGUCCAGCUAAAACAGCCACCUCACAAAGACCCACAUCGCCGCUCCUGGGAAACGGGGGGCCUGUGAGCCAACAGCAGGGGGUUACGCCAAUCUCAGCCAAAGAGGCCGAGGCAGAGACUCCAGGCCCCGCCCUGGAUGCUGAAGGCCCCGCCCCCAGCUCUGAGGUCACUGCCCAAGCAGAACAUGUGGUGGAACACAUUGCAGCACUCAGCCUAAACUGUGCUGGAACUGGUACAGAUGGGAUGGUAGAGGACAGGCUGAUGGCUACAGCCCAGCAGCAGGUGACAGACAGAGCGGUCUACCUUAGGUGUCCAACAGAGAUUAAGGAAAGCAGCAUCGUAUGCAUGGAUGGAUCUGUAGGAGCAGAAGAUGGUACCGUCAUGGCUGACCCUGUCAAGGUUAAAGACAGUGGCUCAGUUCCCCUUAGUGCGACAAACAGUGGUUCAGGAGUCAACGAUUCCCUGCCUGGAAAAGACAGCACUGUAUUCGAGUCUGAACUGGAAAUAAGAGAAAGUACUGAGGAAUCCUCUCCAGAGGUAAAAGACAGUGAUAAAACACCCCAAGAAGGGCUGGAAGACAAUGCUGGAGUUCAUCCUAAACCCUCUCUGGAGAGUGGUACAAUCCAUCAUGUACCCUGUGUGGAGGAGGAGAGUGGUACAGUCCAUCAUGUACCCUGUGUGGAGGACGAGAGUGGUACAGUACAUCAUGUACCCUGUGUGGAGGAGGAGAGUGGUACAGUCCAUCAUGCACCCUGUGUGGAGGAGGAGAGUGGUACAGUCCAUCAUGCAGAGAAAGAGAGUGAGGUGGUCCCAGCCUCCACAGAGUGUGUGACAGAUCUUUUUACCACUCCGGCUGUGGAAUCAAAUUCAGAAGUCAGCGGUGAUGCCAGCAAAGAGGUCACAGGUCACCUGGCUUCUUGCAUCAUGAACACUGGAGAUUCUGGAGGAACAGCUCUGGUUUCCCAAGAUGCCGACACUGCCGGGAGCAACGGCGUGUCAGGCACGACUGACCAAGGAUUGCAGGCAGGAACGCCAGCCGUCGCAUCCCAUUCAGAAGUGGAGCCAGCAGGGGGCGCCCAUGAUCCAUCCAAGGCAAACGUUUCUACCGACGACAGCUCUGAUCCUGUCGAGGAGGAGCUGCCCCUGGACAGCAUCAAAGAUAUCAGAGAUUUGGUGGUGGAGAUAAUCGAGGUGGAAGAGUUAGUGCAGAGAAACCCAGACAAUGACCAGGUGUAGGCUAAGCCCACCCACUCAAAACACAUAUCACCACCACAUGGAAAAUAAUUAAGCAACAAAGACUGGGGAAUUCUACAAGGGUUUGACAAGCCCAUCUCAAAUAAUGGGCCCAAGUACAUCUAACCUAUUGUAAACACACACACUUACCAUUAAUGUAGUCCAAGUAAUUCAGACAUACAUGCUUGUUUUUAACUGGCUUAAUCUAAUUAACUAGUCACUACAUGAGUACUGCCAUGCAAAAGCAGAAUUAACAUUUACUAAACCUUGUGGACGUUGCUUUCUGUCAAGUUUCUGUAUAAUUGUGACAUUUUUUUUGAUAUACCCCCACCCACUUCCCCCCCACCCUUCACAAAAACGCUCCAUUGCUUAGCAUGUAUUUCAUAGCUUUUAUGACCCACUGAGAUGCCUACCAUAACCCCC